CACCAGUGCCACCUCAGGCACCCAGCCCUGCACUGGCUGAUGACAGAAACUCAGAGAAGAGUCUCGAUCAAGAAGUCAAAAACAAAAUACAUAAUGAAUUUUCAGUUGCACUGGAUCACGAGGUGAAUUUAACAAAGAUGCGCAUCGCGCUGUUGAAAGGUCAUGGUCUAGCGAUGGUGCACUCCCUGCAAAGCAGAGCUGAAGAGACCUCGGACAGCAUGCAGAAGUGGUUAGAAGCAAACUAUUUUGCAGAAAUGAAGAGUAUUGAACGACUAUCUGAAGUGGUUCACAACCACAUACAGGCUGGUGAUAAGUUAAAGUAUGAGCUGGUGUUGGAAUUUACUGACUUCUACCUGAAUGGAGACUGCCUCAUGGUGGCUAGCCUGCCUCCCCCUCCCCGUCCACCUACUCUCGAGAAGCCCAUGGCGUCUACCCCCACCAUCACUCAGCUGGAGUCACUCUACAAACAUCUAUGCAUUGUUGCUCCAUCAGGCUUCAUAUCCAGUCCAGAGUUCUUCAAUUUGCUCAGGGACAUCAUCUCCGUUAACUGGGCCAGAAACACCUUGCCUGAGCCCUGGAGCAAGUUGAAUGAAACACAGUUGAUGGAAAUUGUAUCCCUGCUAACGGACGACUAUGAGCUGAUAGACUGGCGUCGGUUCCUGCUCAGUGCUGCCCUCCCUUGGCCAAUACCCUCCUUAAUGCAACUGCUGGUCGUACUACAGCGUUUCAAGGCAGCAGAUGCUGGUGACACAGGCUUUAUAAACGAGGAACAGUACCUACAGUCAGAGUUGUGGUUUUUCAAUGAGAGUGCCCCGCCCGUCCCUGAGGACCCCUCUGAGCCUCUGCCUUAUGAUCGUCUGGCUAACCUACGCAAGUUCUUUUUCCAGUUGUUUGCGGACCACUCUUUCUCUCCUCCUCGAUUGGACUAUGUGUCCAUGUUGCAGUACUUUGCAGCUGACACAAACCCCAAACAGGGCUUCAUCAGAGCCCUUAGUGUAGAACUGGGACAACAUCUCAAGCACUCCUCACCGGGACACCUUGUCAAGUCUAUGCCCAGUAUAGAGGAGGCGACAGAGCUCAGCUCCUCAGAACUUGAUGGAGAGUACAAAGAAGAAGAGGCUCCGUCUACAUCAAGCAGUUUCUUGGGGGACCAAAAAGUGUCUAUCUCUGCUCUCCUUGCUGUCCUCUGUCACAAAGUCACCAAAAUGAAAGAUGACUACCUUCCUCCAGGCUGCCUGAGUCUUGAGGAACACACUGAGCACCUGGUGCAUAUAUUCAGAGAGCUGGGCUACAAGCCUGAGGACUGCAUCCCCUUCUCCGUUCUCUGUCAGCAUCCUUUCACCCAGAUCCUGAUGGAGAGCGCAAAACAUCGCCAGCUUGUAAACAUUCAUAGAGUGCUACUGCCCAGGCAGGAUGAAGGACAAGAGUCAGGAUGAAGGACAAGAGUCAGGAUGAAGAACAAGAGUCAGGAUGUAGGAGAAGCUAGCCGCUUGACAGUUUCCUAAAGAAUAAGACAUAUACAGAACAUAUGCAUACUACUGUCUGUACCACAAUACCAAUACCUCUUUCACUUAAUACGUUAAUAUGAAAGAUGUUGCUUCAGCUAUUCUGAAGUGUUGUUAUUACUUUUUACGUUUGAAAUGUUUGCUGAAAUGCAUUGCUUACUUCAGUAUUGAAUAAAAAGUUUU